GUCAGGGGGACUGGUGCGACUGGGGGGGCUGGGGGUGUCAGGGGGCCCGGAGGUGCCGUGGACCCUGAUGACGACUCCCCCAACAUGAUCGUCUACAGGAAGAUCGAGGACAUCAUCACACGCAUCCAAGACGAAACAGAGGGCGUCCCCAUCAGAACCGUCAAGAGCUUCCUGUCCAAGAUCCCCAGCGUGGUCACUGGGACUGAUAUUGUGCAGUGGCUGAUGAAGAACCGCAUUGAGGAUCCAGUGGAGGCCAUCCACAUUGGCAGCCUCAUCGCUGCCCAGGGAUACUUCUUCCCCAUCUCAGACCAUGUCCUGGCACUAAAGGAUGACGGCACCUUCUUCCGCUUCCAGGCUCCAUAUUUCUGGCCGUCUAAUUGCUGGGAACCUGAGAACACAGACUAUGCGAUCUAUCUGUGCAAGCGGACCAUGCAGAACAAGACCAGGCUGGAGCUUGCUGACUAUGAGGCGGAGAACCUCGCCAGGCUCCAGAGAGCCUUCGCCAGAAAGUGGAAGUUCAUCUUCAUGCAAGCGGAGGCUCAGGUUAAGAUAGACAGGAAAAAGGACAAGACAGAGAGGAAGAUCCUGGACAGUCAGGAACGAGCUUUCUGGGACGUCCACCGACCUGUGCCGGGCUGUGUAAACACCACAGACAUGGAUAUCAGGAAGUGCAGACGCAUGAAGAACCCUCAGAGAGUGAAGAAGUCGGUGUAUGGGCAGUCGGAGGAAGCAUUUUCCGACAGCCCUGCACACACGCCUUCACAACCCCCCCGGAAAGGCACCAAAGAUGACGUGGAGAAAGAGAUUCUGUUUCUAAACACCCAGCUGGAUAGACAUUGUAUGAAAAUGUCCAAAGUUGCUGAAAGUCUGAUGACCUACACAGAGCAGCACCUGGAGUAUGACCCGUUUGUGACGGUCCCAGAACCCUCUAACCCCUGGGUCAGCGACGACUGCUCCUCCUGGGACCAGGAGGCCAGUAAGGACCCCAGUCAGCAGCGCGUCAGGAAGUGGGGCUUCUCUCUGGACGAGGCUCUGAAAGACCCUGCAGGCCGAGACCAGUUCCUCAAGUUCCUCGAGUCCGAGUUCAGCUCCGAGAACCUGAGGUUCUGGAUGGCAGUGCAGGAUCUGAAACGUCGCCCCCUGCAGGACGUGUCUGAGCGAGCGCAGGAGAUCUGGGUGGAGUUCCUGGCGGAGGGAGCGCCCAGCUCCAUCAACCUGGACUCCCACAGCUACGAACGCACCAGCCAGAACCUGAGAGAGCCGGGCCGCUACAGCUACGAGGACGCCCAGGCCCACAUCUAUAAGCUGAUGAAAAGUGACAGCUACACGCGGUUCCUGCGCUCCAAUGCCUACCAGGACCUCUUGCUCGCUAAAAAGAAGCCUGAGACCGAACAGGGCCGACGUACGUCCUUGGAGAAGUUCACACGCUCAGUGGGUAAGUCCCUGACAGGGAAGCGUCUGACAGGCCUCAUGCAGUCCUCCUGACAAGGCCUGGGCCUUGAGUAGGGCAACCGUGCCCAGUGGAGCUGCUUCCCAGUGGGGAGAGGGACCCAGAGAUGCUGGGUGUGAAGGGUGAGGGCCAGGAGGCCUGGAGGGCGGGCCCAGCACCACCCACAUGACUUGAGUCCAGACACGGAGCAUCAGCAUGCUAAACGUCACUCGGACCUGGUACUCGGACCGUACCGUCUCUAUGUAGAAUAAUAUCCUCAUGUAAACUCUGCUUCUAUUAGGUUCUAUUCAAUUAUAUAACCAAAUUGGAAUGUCCGGCUUCUUCUUGUCUCCAUGUAUGUUAGUGUGACUAAGGUUAGGAAUGAGUGGACGUUUAAAAAAAAGAAACGAAAAGAAAAAAUGCAUUUAAAUCUUUAAAGUGUCAUUUAUUUCAUGUUAGGAAUGAUUUAUGUUCACGAGAAAUGGGAUGGGGGAACAGAAAGAUGAAAAACAUAGAGUAUACACUUAAGAUAUGAAUUAUUUUUUCUCUUUCUUUUUAAGGAUUUUCCCCCUCUGCCCUUUGAUUUAAUAUUCUAGGCAGUUUUUCUAUCGAGGUGGGGCAGGGGUAUUUUACUGUACCGUUAGCGGAACAUCAUCUUCAGAACAUUCCACCCUAGACUCAGACUCGGGCCUCAUGUGCCCUAGACCACAACCUCUGUCCUCAUAGAAUGUAGUCAGUGAUUACAGCAUUCCACGUCGCCAUUAACCCACAUCAUUAGAACCUUCUGGAUGGACACGGCGAUUGGCCUGGAACACAGUACAGGCACACAGUACAGGCACACAGAGAAGGAAGUACUUGAAGGAGUUCUUAUAGGGACCAUAUGAACAUACACAGAGAGCCUGGGAGAAUUGUUGUAGUUUUUUUUUUACAGUGACUGUCUUUAAAGGAUGACAAAAGAGGAAUAAAAGAGGAAUGCACCAUGACUGCCGACUCCAGUCGAUCUUCCGCUCUCCAUCACCUGUUAUUUAAGAAUGUUGAUGUCUUUGCUGUUAUUCUACAAUGUAGAAAAACGUAUAAUAGUGUCCAAAUCUUGGAUUACCUGUGAAGCAGCGGGCCAUGGCCAAUUGUAAAAUAACCCCCACACUGCUUGAGAUUACUGACAUCACUCAUACAAACAUAUUGUAACUACAACAUAUUGUACAUACUGUGAUGUCUACGGAACAGCACAUUGCUUUCCCUGUGCUCUACUGACCCCC